AUGAUGAAGGAGCUUUUUACAGGUAGCGAGCCAAACGAGGCAAAGAUUAGCAGGCUUAAGAAGUAUGUGGAGAGUGGGAAAUUCCUCGAAACUCUCUUUUUCCCACAGGAGUUUCUGGAAUCACUGGCUAUGCUUGCCACAAAGAUACUUAACAGUACGGAACCUGAGAAGAAGUCGUCGUUUAUUUCUGGGAGAAACGAAUCGAGAUACACUGUUCUUCGAAUUCUAAACAAGUUUAUCUUGAAGGAUGUCCGGAGCGUAGGGCUGGUGCAUGCUCUCCAUGACGUGCUUCGGAAUGACAACCUUCCAAACGUGAUUCUGUCACUGAAGGCGCUUGGUUCGGUGAGCAGGUCUGGGGUUAUUAGUGGAGACCUAGUGGAUGUGCAUGUGGGAGCUCUUCUCGGGACGAUCCACGACCUCUUUGUGAACAUGGAGAAUGGGGAUGAGGGGCUUAUUGAAAUGUCUCUGUUUACGCUUACGGAAAUGCUGAACCAUGCUAGAGCCUUUUUCCAUGGGCUGGAAUAUCAUGUCACUAAGGUUGACCAGUUUCUAGCCUGUGUGUAUGGAAACAUCAGGAGGAUUCUUGAGAGCAGGAGAUUCAUGGACCUGGUGGGGCAUAAGAGGGUCUUUUCGAUAAGUAUGUGUUCUGGAAUAUGCAGUCUCCUGAAGCUGACAUAUGAGCAGCUUCCCGUGGUAUCGAAGUCUGGGCCGUAUUGGAUGUUUGCUUCUGAGGCAGCGUUUGUUGGGAUGUACUACUGCCCUUCGGAGCUCCUAGAUCUCCGGGGCGAGAUAUACACGCUGUUUACCAAGAUGUGCCUGGCGAGCAGAGAGAUGGCUCUCCCCAUGAUAGACAAGAUAUACAUGGUUCCGUUUCUGUUUUCACCUGAUGCAUUGCCAACAAGUGCCAAGGGGAUUGGAAUGCUGUCUGAAAUACUUGGCUAUAUGAAGGAAAGUCUCAGUAAAACAUCAUACAUAGAGUUCGGAUCCAGGGUGUCUAAUGUUCUCUUUUCGUCUUGCUCCUUGGUUGGGAGGCUAUGUAAAGAGAGUUCAGGAGAUAGCAAUAAAGGCCUGCUAUUUGAGGAAAGGAUAUGCGAUGAAGUUGUGCAGCACAUUGAGACUAUCAGGACAAGCCUAGAGGCAGUGGAAAGCAUGUGUAAAUGCUUUGGAGGCAGAACUGGUGCUGUGGAGGAGCUUUGCAGCUUCUACCUUAGAAGCUUUUACGACAUGAGAAAUGGGUUUGAGGGAAUCAAGAGGCUGGCUGAACUUGGAUGUUCUGGCCAAAAAGAAGAAUUCAGGAGGCUGAUGGGAAGAUUCAUUUCUGGAUUUAAAGAGGUAGUUGGAAGGAUUGGGGUUUUGGAGAAGUCGGGAAGUACUGCUGUUUUUUCGAUGUCUGAGACCCACAUACUCUACGAGAUGUUUGAGGAUUCCUUUGACGUGCUUUCCCACGAACAUUUGUGCGAGGAGCAAAGGAUCGAAGAGUUUUUCUCUGUACUGGUUCUCAUCAGAGAGCACGUUGCCAGCGACAUAGUCAGGUGCUGCUCUGAACGGAUCCUGAGAUACAGCAAAAGAAAUGCAGGGUUUUUUGGAGCAUGGAGGCUGAUGAGCAACUCUGCAGUCUUAGGAAAUUCGCUAGGUACAUAUAUACUCCCACGUCUGAUUGAGGAGCUCAGGGGCGGGAAUUUUGGGUUUGUCAAGAAAGCAAUGCGAUAUGUUGUUCCGUUUUUUGGGAAUGACAUAAAGAAGAUAAAGAGAGUAAAUACAUUUUUCAUGCACAGGAUCAUCUCGACACUGAUGACCGAGGAUCCCAGGAACAUACAGUACUUCGAGGUUCUACUGGAGAUCUUCAACAGCUUUGGAUCGAUGGCAGAGAAGAGUAGCUUCUUCCAGAAGUACAUCUUCGACAACUUUGGAAGGAUAGUCGAGCACCUCAUGAAGCUUUAUGAGAGCCAGGGCAAGGAUAUAUUUAUAGGAAUGAUAUUUGCACUACCAAUAAGCAUCAAUCUGCUUGAGUCGGACAUCCAGCUUCUCAUAAGCCCCAUCGAAAAGGCGCUGAAGCUGGGAGGGGCAAUAAGGGUCAGAGCGCUGUCGAUUCUUGUAUAUGUCCUUGACUUUUCGACGCCAGAAAAGGUUAUGGGGCUUGAAAAGGCAUGGAAGAGUAUUCUCCAGAAUGUGGUGUGCGGCCUGAAGGAUAGUUCUGUAUCGUCUUUGUGCUCGAAGAUACUCGGAAAACUCAAGAGCUACCAUAGGGUGUUUAUCAAGGAUGGCGAGGAAUCCGGGGAAAUGAACGAGGACUUGGCGCUCAUCAGGCUGGUUGUUGACGAGAAACAUGCGGUUCCUGCACAUCUUCUGUUCUUUGAUGCGGUGCAAAAGAUAAGAGGAGCCUUUGAUAUGUCUGCUGGCGGGUUUGGAUGUGAAGGGUUCCUUGUCAGGUUUAGGAGGCUGGGGCCCAGGUGUGAUGAUGAGGAAGCAGUGAAUGCGUCAUUCAAGUUUAUGACAAAGGUGAUCUACCAUCUUGUUGGGUGGAGGUUCUUUAAAAGGGAUUUGGUGCUGGAAUGCUGUGCAGGCCUUCUUGAUGAGAUGGAGAGGCUGGGAAGUGUGGUCUAUGCAUUGGACCAUGUGUAUUCGGUCCACGGCGCCAUUUCGUCCAUAUGCGGCAGGAGAUGCUCGGAAAGUCGGCAUCUAGCCCAGUACAUUUACGAUGCAAUUCUUGCACUCUUCAGCUGUCAUGGAACCCCACUUGAGAAGAAGGCCCAGGAGCUCCUCCACUCGAUUUUCGGAUCGGUGAUGGUUCAUAGGAUAUUCUCGUUCUAUAAGCUUAAGAGUAAGAGGUACAAGAUUCUCUUUGACACGGACACGUUCCUUGAUGCACUUGUCGAGUCAUUUUCCGACGUUGGAAAUCCGAUGCCCUUCAGGAUCCUCUCUGUAAUGUUUGUCCAGAUGUACGAGUUGCUUGGAAGCAGGUCUGAGGACUUUUGUGUUGAGAUGUAUGGAGCGAUUUUCUCGAAGCUCGAAUCCAUGUGCAGAUCUUCAGACAGGAGGUGCAGGGAUUCAGGAAUCAAUGGGAUUAUGUGUCUUACUGCAAGCAUGCCGAUCAGGGAGCUGGUUCUCCUCCGAAUUCCCGAAGAUGCGUUUUCAUGCACAUACCUGUAUCUUCUUCCACGGGAGCUGGAAGACUUUUCUCUUCCUCUCAGGCUUGUUAUCUUUAUUCUGAGGUUCAGGUACAGGGGAAUCAGAGGCUACUUGCUUUCUGAAGGGACGGAGAAGUACUUCAUGAUGUCUCACUUCAGGCCGUUUGUUGUGGGGCUUUUCGACAGCAGAAGGGAUGUUGUUGAGUUUUCAAAGACUGUGUUGAGAGAGAUAUUCGAGAGCUAUGCACCUCAGCUUCUAGAAAGAUAUAAAGAUGUUGUGUUUGGACACUUUAAGAAGGAAUAUGUUAUUGGAAAUAGGACGGUGAUGAUGAUGCACCUUCAGGUAUUUAUCUUCUGUGUUCGAGAGGGAAGAUGUCCGUUUGAUGACUGUGAGAUGAAGUAUCUUAUUGAGAAGUUUCUGGACAACAUUGCAGGCAACGACGAGUGGAAGGGGGCAGGAAUCUACAUGGGAUUUGAUUACAGAGAGAGGAGCGGCAAAGUAGAUUGCGAGAAGCUUUGUGGAUGCCAAAAGAAACUCAUGGACGACGAGGAAGAUCUGGUAGUUGUCCUGGGAGGGAUCUACAAGAGGUUGUCUGAGCUAUCUAUGAGGGAUCUGAUGGAGCUCGUUUUGAAGGAUGCAAUGGACGUCCUGUGUGGCAAUUGUAAAAGGAGGGUUCACGGGCACACGGAAGCACGCUCUCCGCACUUCAACAACGAAGCGGAAGAGCUGAUGUACUGGAUACGAGAGUUUUAUCUACUUGUCAUUGAGUAUAGAAGGUCUUUUGAAGAGGUAAGGACAGGGAUUCUAUAUUUGCUAAAGUAUGUGUCUGACGAUAGCAGGGACUAUCUCAGGGCAGCGUAUGAGGCAAAGCCCCAGGAGACAAUAAGAGUGGUGUCUGAGGAGGUUGAAAGGUGCCUGUCUGAGAAGGUUGACUACAAAGUCCUUAACAUGCUGCUUUGCGCGCACUUGUUACCAGAGGUCCCUGAAAAUCCCCGGGUGGGGAUGCUAGUUCUGAAGAUUCUGAAGGAGUUCAGGGUUCCGAAGGAGUUUGCAAUUAUAGCGCAGAAUGACAGGUACUCGAUGCUGGCAAAGGCAUAUGAAAUAGGAAUUCUGCUACAAAGUCAGGAAUCCCUGUGCAAUGAAAUCCUGGAAACCUACUUUGUGCUUGACGGGUGUGUCAGAAGCUACACAUCGAAGAUGCAUCCUCAGAUGGUCAGGUAUGUGGAGAGACUUGGAUCGCAGUUCAUAAGCUGUGUGUUCAGGAGGAUCCAAGACCCGUCGGCCUACAACCUGUGCUCUCGCAUGUGCAGAGACUCUCUAAGGCUUAGGGAGGUGGUAUCUGGGAUGAAGGAUAGGCUUGCAGAGAGAAUAUCGCAGAUAUACUGUAGGCUGGAAGGAAACGACUCCAUAGACAGAAAUGUGUUUGUGCACUCGUACAAGUUUCUUGAUCUUGUUGGAUAUGAGAUGAAGCCUGUGGACAUCCAGGUUGUUCUUGGGAUCUAUGGCGAUGUGAAGGCCAAAGCGCGGCAUGCCGCAGAAAUGAAGGGUCUGAUAGACAAGUGCAUCAACAGGUUUUCGAUAGAGAGCCUCGAGAUGCUAUUUAAGCUGGAUCCGUGGUUUGUGUGUGUGGAAGGGAUUGACCCCAAAUACCUUGCGAAGGGGCUUUCUCUACAGGCUCUUAGAGGUGUUGUUCGUGGCAUUGACAAGAGAAGCGAGCGGGUAUCUUCUCAGAUGGGAUCUUCCCUGGGAGAAAACAGGUAUCUAGUGAUUGAGUUGUUUGUAGAGAUGGGCAUCAAUUCCCCGGAGCUUAUUGGGUACUGCAAGGAAAACCUGCACAACACAAACAUCAGGGGAAUCCUACUGUACUACUUGUGCACAUUUGAGCCUCUAUAUGUCUACUUUGAGAUCCUGUUUAAGAUUCCAUACGAGGACAGGAAAUAUACUCUGUACUGCUUGGAAAAGAUUGUGGAUGCCUUCGACCCUCUUCUUUUUGAGGAGAUAAUUCUGAUUGUGCUCCGAUCUGAGGUGCGGUUCAAGACAAGCCUGUGGAUUCUGUUUCCUCUGCUUCUAUCUCGCCCGGCACUCAUCAGCAAGAAGAUUGGGCUUGAGCUUAUAGGGUCUAUCUACAAGCUUCUCAACUCUGAAAGCCUUAUGCAGCAGAGGACGGGGUUCAGACUGUUUGAGGCUCUGUAUAAGAGGUAUCCCCCGAAGGAAUGUGUGGAGUAUGACCUGGUGAUGAGGAACACAUACACGCUUAUGUAUGUAAGGUUUGUGCAUACGGAUGCGGACUUGCCUGAGGAAGUGCUUGGAAGGUAUGAUCUUGAGCUUGUCUUUGAAUUGGUGGAGUACUCUCCUCAGAGGGUGAAUCCCAAUAAUGUGUUUGCAUUUGUUGAGAUGGAGGUGUCUAGCAAGAAGAGUGAGGAGUACAAGAAUCGUCUUCUUCGUAAUGUCUUCUCGAUCGUGGGGCCGCAUUUCAAGUCGAGGGCUCUUAGUGUCCAGGUUGCUGAGUAUUUGAUAGACAAUCUGCUGUGGGGCUACAGGACGGUUCCUGAGGAGCUGGGCGUUGUUGCAUAUGAUUGGAGUACACUGUGCAACCUUCUCUGCAUACUCUGUGAUAGGGUGGCUAGAAGAAUUGAGGCUGGAGGUGGUGAGUGGCACUCGAAUGAUGCCGAGGAUAUGGAGAUAUGCCUGGCAGUGCUCCGGCACCUACUUGGUGACCCCAGCAAGAGUAGAAGUGAGAUGUAUCGUGGGCAUGUGGACAGAGGACUUGAAAAGAUAUUCUAUGUUCUGUCGCGGUCUUCAGGGAUGAAGAGUGUUGUGUCCUCGGUCACCAGGCUAUUUCUGGAGGUCUUCGGAGACAGCUCUAUGGACAUGGAAUCUUUGGUAAGCAGGGUAAAUUUCCUGAUGUCUGACUCCAGGGUAACCCUUGCAGACAAGAUUGAGAUUAUCUAUCUCCUGGACAACAGGAGAUAUGACGCAGAAUUCCUGAGUGAGAUGCUGCUCCCAGUUUUCAACAGUUAUCGGCACUCUGGGAUUGUCUUUCCAGAUAGAUUGCAGAGGUUUUUCAUGAGGGGACUUUGCUCGAGGAGCAGGGUUCUAAGGAGUGGAUACCUGGAUCUAAUGAACCGCAGCCUUCCUGCAAACAAGUACCUGAGGCUUCUGCGUCUUUUGGACAUGGAAUGGAGACACAGCACGAAAGUUGGAUACACCAUCGUUGCCAUGAUGAUGCUUUCGUACCACACGACCGAAGUAGUGGCAGAUAAGUACUACAAAAGCGAAAUGAGCACCGGGUGGUAUCCGUGGAUGUCUCAAGAGGUAGCCUCCAAAGGAUCUGUGGACAAGUGCAGCGGACUCAAGCUGGUCAUGAAUCUUCUCGAGGACAUUGAUCUGUAUAGAUCGAGGACAACAAUGCCGGACCUCCUUGAUAUUCUGUACCACUUUGACGACUCACUGCUUCCUGUGCUUGCUGGAAUGAUAAGGAUUGUGGUGUCUGGGCUUGAUGAAGACCAGUGCAGAAAUGUGUUUGGAGGCUUUAUGAGGUUCUGUUCUGAGGUUGCAGGAGACGGGAAGCUUCUAGGUGCCUUUGUCCGGGGACUUGAGCCCAUCUACAGAUAUGUAGACGACCUAUCUGAGCUGAUCAGGGUGUUUAGAGGGGGAGACGGAUGGUUUACACUAUUGAGAUAUGUGGAUGACCGGCAGAAGGCGGAGAUAUAUAGAAGGCUUAUGGACUCUGACGGAUACUAUGGGAUGUCUCGCUCUGUGUGCAUUUUCCCUGAGACGAUGCAAGCAUACUUCCUUCAGCAGGUUGGAAAGACAAGGGAGGCGCAGGAUCUCUACGAGAAGAUACAGAAAAAGGCAGGGGAGCACAGGAUAUCGUUUGACGAGAAUGAGUACAAGAAAUGGCAGGAUGAGUGGAUAAGAUGUGCAAGAGAGCUGCAGCAAUGGGAUGUGUGCUACGAGGCAGGGAUAGAGACUGGAGACUAUUCGCUGAGCACUGAGUCUCUGUGGCAUCUUUCCAGCUUUACAGACCAGGAUGCUCUGAAGAGAUUCAAGAGCAUGGUUGACACCGGGAAGAACGGGUUUGAGAAGGAGUUCUACGAUGCGUUUGCAAGCACAUAUGCAAAGUAUUCCGCGGAGAAGAUCGGAAAGAUUCUGGAAAGGAACAUUUUAGAGCUCAGAAGUUAUCCUGCAGGGAGCAACGCGGGGUCCAGGUUUCUCCUGUACCUCCAGAUUAUAAUAGAGAUGAUUGAGGCUGAGCCCAUAUUCAACGAUAGGAUAGACGGGGCAGAGUCUCUAACAUCAAUACUGUUCCGAUGGAAGGAUAAGGAGCCGUCUGAUCAAGACGUCUUUGAGCAGUGGAGUCUGUUCAGAACAUGGAGAAGGCAUGCAUACUCAAGGCUAGGGAUGAUCGAGAAGACGUACGGUGGAGAAACGGCAUACAAGGCUCCUGGAAGAAGCUAUGCUGAGGAGAUGGCGGCUUCUCCAGGCAGAAGGGUCCCCAUGACAUCCCAUCUGUUUUCUCCGAAAGAAAUGAUUGAAGGCAGCAUAAAGGUAAAGAAGGAGCUGAUCGCCAAGGGAACGAACGAGUUGGCAAAGACACUAAAUGGCUUUUCAAAGGCUGCUAUUGAGCACGGAUAUUAUGAUGCUGCAUUGUUUCAUCUGAAGGAGGUGUUUGACCUAAGUAGCGUUAAGGUUGGAGAUGUAUUUCAAAAGGUUGUGUAUGAGCUUCUCUGUCUCCUUGGAAAGAAGGAGUACAAGAUUGGCGUUGAGCAGUGCGGGUCAACGAAUAUCCAGCACUUCAGUGACUCACAGAGCUCUGUUCUGUUCAAUUUCAGGGGGUUGUUCAGUGAGAAGCUUGGGAAGUUUUCUGAUGCUGAGAAGUUUUACCUGCAGUCUGUACAGAUAUGCAAUGUUGUUGGGGAAAACUGGCUCACAUGGGCAAAGUUUCUUUUUAAUAGAAUCAACGGUGAGGGGGUGGGGCCGAAGGAAGAUGCCUUUGUCGCGCUACUCCAAGCAGUUGUGUACUGCAAUGGCAAAAAGGCAAGGAAGGGGAUUCUCAAGCUGAUUCUGCUUAUGGAUAAGCAUUCCUCUCUGUGCGAUACGGACAUGUUCCACAAGGUUCUUCAGGAAAUCGAUAUCUCCAGGUUCAUAUACUUUAUCCCCCAGUUGAUAGGGUUGCUGUCAAAGGAAGAUGCUGAGCUGGUGCAGAUCAUACUCGCCAAGAUAUCCGAGGAACACCCACAGGCGAUUGCAGGUCCUCUUAAGGCUGCCAGGGAAAGAAUAAGAAGGACCCUUGUCCCUGUAGAAGGAAAGGUAGGAUGUGAGGUGCAAAUGUGCAGGCCUAAGAUGGAGAACAAGGCCAGGCCGCUCGGUUCUGUGCAGCUCCCGGAAGUGAAGAGCUUCUUCCUAGAAAACAUCAUGCAGAUAUACAACCAGGUGAAAAGCAAGAGGCUUGGGAGGGAGUUCUGGAAGAUUCUUCACUACCUUCACAACUCGUUCAACUCGCAUGCCUUCAAGGAGGAGGAGCUUGUGUAUCUAGAGAUUGAAAAGAUCUUCAAUGGUGCAGUAUCCCAUAUUGUCCACGGGACUGUUCCGUCUGGACAAGACCAGGCCAUGCUUCUGAACGAGCUGAUCUCCCGUGUUUCUCUUUCCUCACUGAGCAAAGGGUUUAAGGAAGACCUCAUCUCCUCGAUUCUCGGAAUGAAGUGCAUCUGCCCACUGGAGAAUAUCGAUGAGAUGGUGCGGUUCAAAAGCAGGAUCCAGAGUGUGGUCGAGGAGUCUUUCUACAAGAUGGGCAACUCCGAGGAGUUUGAGGUCAACAUGCUACUGCACAGAUCGAACCACGAGCACAAGAUGUUUGGACAGUAUUCCGAGAUAAGAAGCACCUAUAAGAAUCUUGUAAACAUAGAAAUGUUUGAGCCCAGGCAGUCGUACAUGUACAGGAAGAGGAUGGGGUGCAAUAGAAUUCACGUGAGAGGAAGCGAUGGGAAGAUGUAUAGAUAUGAAAUGAAGGGGCUCCUGAAGACAAGGUUUUCCGAGCUUGCUCUUCCUCAGUUAUCGCUGAUGGUCAACGAAUCCAUGGGUGAGAAUCCGGAUCUGAGCAGAAGAGGAGCUGAACUGAAGCUAUUUAUUCCGUUUGUUGUUAGCGAGGUCCUUGUCCUAGAAUGCAUCAAGGAGACGGUACACUACAUAGAUUCCAUAUUGGAGGAGGGGCUGAGCGAGUACAAUGUAAGCAUUGACCAGUGUGUGCUUCUCUACCUCAACUGCUUUGCUUCGAUCUACGAAGUGGAGGAAGGAGACUGCGGGGAUCUCGAGAGCAGGUAUGAUUUGUCGAAGGGGCUUACCAAGGACAAAAGGACAAGGGGCGUGGGAGACGAAUGCCCCAACAUAAGGAAAAGGGAGAGAUCUUCUGGAGACGAAGGGUUGGGUGAGAAUUUUGUCAACAACGCCAGGAUGGUUAUUGAGACGCAGAGAGAGACAUAUGUCGACGGUUUGAGGAGAAACGAAAUCUCGUGCCUUGGAUGCAACGGGAAGGGAGAAGGAGUUGCUCCAUGCACCUACAAAUACGAUAUUUCGAGGCGCCAGAGAUACAUAGCCUAUGGAAAGGUGUACAACACCUUCAAGGCAACCAAUUACAUCGACGACUACUUCAGGCUUGUGUAUGGAAGCUUGGGAGGGUACUUCGGGUUCAAGAGCAAACUUCUUUCGAGCUAUUCGACCAAUAGCGCCUUCCUGUACACGUUCUCAAUUGUGGACCGGAGACCCAGGAACCUUGUUGCCACCAGGUCAGCAGGGCACUUUAUGAACAGGGUUGUUUGCUGCGAAGAAACCGAAGGGCUGAGCAAGGGGAAGGGGGCCGCCGGAGUUAUAGGGCCCAGCUACCAGAAGCUCUUCAGGAAAGAGGGGAUAGAAGGGGCGAUGUUGUCGAUCAUGUACCACUAUGCAGACAUGCUGAAUGAGGGGGACUGGUACAGAGAUCUGAUGAAGGUUGUGCUUGAGGGCAUGUUUGUAGACAUGAAAGGCGACGGGCUCAAGAGAGUGUGCUCCGAGGCUGUGAGCAGGAUUUCUGAGAUGGUUGGGAAAGGCGAGGAUGGAACCUACAACAUGAUUUCGAUGAUUAGCGAGUGGAUGGACACAUUCAAGCUAGCCCAGAUUGACCCAAGACAUAUGUCUUGGAUGUAA